AUGGAGUGGACGACGGUGGAGGCGGCGGACGGGGCCAAGCUGAGCGUGCGGGUCUUCAAGCCGGCGGCGCCGGUGGAGGGCGCGGAGGACGUGUCGGUGGUGCUCGUGCACCCCUACACGAUCCUCGGCGGCGUGCAGGGCCUGCUGCGCGGCAUGGCCCAGGGCCUCGCGGAGCGGGGCCACCGCGCCGUCACCUUCGACAUGCGCGGCGCCGGGCGCUCCACCGGCCGCGCCUCGCUCACGGGCUCCAGCGAGGUCGGGGACGUCGUCGCCGUCUGCCGCUGGGUCGCCUACACCCUCAAGCCGCGCGCCGUCCUCCUCAUCGGCUCCUCCGCCGGAGCACCAAUUGCGGGAUCUGCAGUUGAUAAAGUUGACCAGGUGGUUGGCUAUGUCAGCAUCGGCUACCCAUUUGGUUUAAUGGCCUCAAUCCUAUUCGGCAGACAUCAUGAUGCUAUCCUCAAGUCUGAGAAACCAAAGUUAUUCAUCAUGGGAACCAAAGAUGGCUUUACGAGCGUAAAGCAGCUGCAAAACAAGCUCAGGUCGGCUGCUGGACGGGUUGAUACACACUUGAUUGAAGGAGCCGGUCACUUCCAAAUGGAAGGUCCUGCUUUUGAUGCCCAGAUGGUAGAUCUCAUUGUCAAUUUUAUCAAAUCUUUGCCCAAAUAG